UAGUUGCAUGAUGAUGAGUGUGCAGUGUUAUUUUAAUUACUGAGGCAAAGGAAAGUUAGUAGUAGUAGGAGUGUGGUGUAAUGAGAGAGAGGUGAGUUAUUUUCCCUCCAACCAUUCAGAUUUCAAUAACUAACUGCAUUUAUUUCAUUUCCUUCUCCCUUUGUUUUCGCUGCCUGCAUCUUCCCCUCUUAUUUUUGGGGUCAAUUUUAUAUCCGCUGUCAACUGCUGCAUUACCCAACAAACCAAUCUCACUUGGAUACAAUCCACUCUCAUGGACCUUCCGCUUCUCAGGAACUCUCUCCAUUUUUCUCCAAGAAAACGAAAAUACCUUCUCCUAAUUGCCUUCUUCGGUGCCUCCGGUUACGCCGCCUACAGGGCUUACAAUUCACCCUAUGUCGCUCAAAAACGCCGCCGUAUUGCCAAGCUCCUCAGAACCUUCGUUACCGUCGCCGAGUUAAUUUCCGAUUCUGCACACUCUCUCACCGUUAUCUCUAACGACUUUCACCAAUUCCUCGCUUCUGAUUCCGACGAGAUCCCCACCAGUUUGAAGCAAUUAGCGAAAAUCGCCAAAUCGAAGGAAUUCUCAACGUCACUGGCUAGGGUUUCCGAGGCUGUGACGAUUGGGAUUUUGUUAGGGUAUAACUCACGGCCGGGUAAUGAUAAUAACGGUAUUGCUCCCUUGGAAAUCACAUCGGAAGCUUCUAAAUUCUCUGAUAGGGUGUUAGAGAAGCUAUUCUCGAAGGCAGGGACGGGUUUUGCGUCCGUUGUGGUCGGGAGCUUUGCGCGGAACUUGGUUUUGGGUUUCUAUGGUGCCGAAUCAACGGAGGAGAGGUCUCAAUCGGCGGUUCCUAGAUGGGUGGAUGCGAUUUAUGAUGAGAGGUGUGGCAAGUUUAUUGGGGAUUGUGUGCAGAUUUUUGUGAGCACUGCGGUUGCUGUUUUUCUUGAUAAGACAAUGAAUGUGAAUACCUAUGAUGAAAUGUUUGCGGGCUUGUCGAAUCCCAGGCAUCAGGAGAAGGUGAAGGAGAUUUUAGUUUCCAUGGUUAAUGGGGCUGUUGAGACCUUUGUCAGAACUUCGCACCAGGUUUUGUCUAACCGGAGUGAGAGGUCGAAUUCGGGUUUAUCUAUGUCUUCUGUUGUUGUUCCAGCAAGUGAAGACGGGUGCCUGAAACAGGAGGUUUUUCUGCGGCAGGUCAGGAUUGGAAGCUCGGUUGGGGGGCCUCAGGAUGUUGGGUGGCUUGAACAGAUUAAGUCAACGCUGGCGGUGCCGGCUAACCGAAGGUUUGUGCUUGAUGUCACGGGGAGGGUAACGCUAGAAACGGUGAGGUCAUUUGUGGCGUUUUUGAUGUGGAGAAUAACGGAUGGAUUCAAAAGUAGUGUUUGUAAGGUUCAUGAUGAGGUAGUGAACAAAGGACUGGAAGUGGUUAGAUAUAUUGCAGCCAAGUCAUCGGUUAUUUUUACCCUGUGCCUUGCUUUGUAUUUGCAUAUUGUGGGUGGUAGUAGGAUUGUUUUGCCUGCUUAGUAUGAUGUUUCAGCCUACCUCUUAAUUGUAAUGCAGUUGGAAUAUAAUGCAGAAAAUUCGGAUCUUUCAGUUAGGCAGCAUAUAUAUGUUUCCAGCUUUCCUUUCUCUAUAAAGUUUAGAUUUAGCAGAUUUGACUCUCUGCAACUGCCAAUUGGAAGUGGCUGUCGGGUUUGUAUCUGACAAAUUUUGAGAUUGCCGAUGUUGUGAGGUAUGGCAAUUAAAUCUUAACCCAUGGCCAUUCAUAUCUGAUCCUGCCCUGAUUUUGAUGGAGAAAAUAUGCUUUGACUGAGGAUGUUCAUAUUUUUUCCAAUUUGCAAUAGUGGCAUGUGUAUGAUUAUGUAUCUAUCUGCACCUGAACCCACUUUAAAGUCACACAUGUGGAUGGUGUACUUCGUGAGAGAUGAGAAGUACGAAGGUGCGCUGUCGAUUUACUAUUCUCGCCUUUGAUUCUUUCUCACUGUUUCUGAGACACUACACAUGUAUAUGUUCUCUCAAUCUUAUUUCUUAUCAUGGUUGAAAGGUAUUAUAA